AGGGAGCAGCCGAGGGGGCAGUCUAGCGGAGUGCUGGCAGGUCACCGGCUGUGGGCACGAUGAGACCCGGAGAGGAGCGGCCGGUGGAGGGGGGCGCCUGUGCCGGCGUCUCCGAGCUGGAGCUGCGGAAGCUGCGCGCCGCGGAGCGCAUUGACAAGGCGGCCGAGCGCCUGGGGGCCCUGAGCCGCGCGAUCUGGAGCGAGCCCGAGCUGGCCUACGAGGAGCACCGGGCCCACGGCGUGCUGACACGCUUCUUCGAGUGCGAGCCUCCGGCCGCCUCGUGGUCCGUGCAGCCGCACUAUCACCUGGACACGGCCUUUCGCGCCGAGUGGGGGCCGCCGGGGGUCGGCGCGGCGCCGCGCCCCCUGCAGCUGGGCUUCCUCUGCGAGUACGACGCGCUGCCGGGCAUCGGGCACGCCUGCGGCCACAACCUGAUCGCCGAGGUCGGGGCGGCGGCCGCGCUGGGCGUGAAGGGGGCCCUGGAGAGCCUCCCCGGGCCGCCUCCGCCGGUGAAGGUAAUUGUCCUGGGAACCCCUGCAGAAGAAGAUGGUGGUGGCAAAAUUGAUUUAAUUGAAGCAGGGGCUUUUAAAAAUCUUGAUGUUGUUUUUAUGGCCCACCCAUCCCAAGAGAAUGCUGCUUAUCUACCUGAUGUGGCCGAACAUGACGUGACUGUGAAAUACUACGGAAAAGCAUCUCAUGCUGCUGCAUAUCCCUGGGAAGGAGUAAAUGCAUUAGAUGCUGCUGUCCUGGCUUACAACAAUCUGUCCGUGUUGAGACAGCAAAUGAAACCAACCUGGAGAGUUCAUGGCAUAAUAAAAAGUGGUGGUGUAAAACCCAAUAUCAUUCCCUCUUAUUCUGAAUUAAUCUAUUACUUCCGUGCACCCUCAAUGAAAGAACUUCCAGUUUUGACCAAAAAGGCAGAAGAUUGCUUCAGAGCUGCAGCUUUGGCUACUGGGUGUACAGUAGAAAUUAAAGGUGGAGCACAUGAUUAUUACAAUGUUCUUCCCAAUAAGAGCCUCUGGAAAGCUUAUAUUGAAAACGGAAAAAAACUCGGAAUAGAAUUUAUUUCAGAAGAUGCAAUGUUGAAUGGCUCUUCAGGAUCUACUGAUUUUGGAAAUGUUACUUUUGUGGUUCCUGGGAUUCAUCCAUAUUUUUACAUUGGAUCUGAUGCCUUGAAUCAUACAGAACAAUAUACGGAAGCUGCAGGAUCACAGGAAGCUCAGUUCUACACUUUACGUACCGCCAAAGCUCUGGCAAUGACUGCAUUGGAUGUUAUUUUUAAACCAGAGUUGCUACAGAGAAUCAAAGAGGACUUUAAACUGAAACUUCAAGAAGAAGAGUUUUUAAAUACAGUAGAAUAAAAGGAAGAUCUAGGAGCCAUUUAUGGAUCAUUAAGAAGUAAUGAUUUUUUUCUUUAAUCUUUUUUAAUGAUGGAGAAGGGCAUCCUUAAUUUUUAGUCUUAAGGGAGUCAAGUUCCUCUUACCUGAAAAGUGAGGACAUGAUGUGGCAAAAACACAUGACCUCACAUCUAAAAUGAAAAUUUUCAGGGGCAUCUGGCUCUCUCAUUCAGUAGAGCACGUGACU